UUUUUAUUAGUUGUUCUGCCGGCCAUCUUGUUUAAAAGCUGCUUGUUCACUGCUUCAAGAUGAAUCUUCCACCGCUGAGGCCCACAGACUCUCUGAAGAAGCCGGCGUCAAUGGAGCAUGGCGCCUAUGGUGUCCACGAUGUUAUGCUUCAUGGGUUUCCCAGUGUGAGGAACAGCCUCGCAAGCUCCCACCCGUUAGAAGAAUCGGAAAAAAGCUACGAGGAAAAUGCUAGAAAGAUGCAACUGGCGACGGCCCGAUCCAUUCAGGGACUUCAUGCCCCUCUGAAACUCAUGGUGGAAAGAAAAGCAGCUUUGCAGAUUGGCAGACUGCCGUUCUUGCCAAGUUCUAACACUAUGCUGGAAGCACUGGACGGUCGAGAUGAAACCAUCACAUUUGAAGACCUCUACAAUGAGUUCUCAGAGUCCGAAGUGUUGCGACCUCCUCAACUGGUAAUGGAGAAGCACUUGAACCUGCUCUGAACAUGGAAAGUUGCCUGUGUAAGCUUUUGCAAAUAAAUCCACUUUUGAGCGCACACAAA